AUGUCUCUGGAUCUUGAACACCAUCUCACCUUUUAUGGUGCUUAUCACCAUAAUCCGGUCAAUGUUGCCAUUCAUAUGGUCUGCGUUCCCCUCAUCCUCAUCUCGGGGUUCUCUUUGGUUCGUCUUUCCACCUCGUGGUUGCUGGGCCAUGCCACAUACAGCGGCACUCUCAUCCCCACACCAUCUUGGCUAACCUUCCCUUAUAUGGAGCCGAAUCUUGGCGUCAUUGCUGCCAGUCUGUACUCUCUGCUUUAUCUGCUCUUGGAGCCUUUUGCUGGCUUUCUUCUGGCCGCCUUCUGUAUGGCUGGGGUAGCUUCAGCCAACUACCUACGCCAACAGAACCCUGGCUCAACCUUUCAGGGUGCUCUAGCUGUACACAUCGUCUGUUGGAUCUUCCAGUUCAUUGGCCAUGGAAAGUACGAGGGUCGAGCUCCCGCUUUGCUUGAUAACUUGGUCCAGGCUAUCUUCCUAGCUCCCAUGUUUGUGUGGCUUGAAAUCCUCUUCAAGUUUGGAUACCGACCUGAGCUCCGAGCCCGUGUCAGCAAGAAAGUCCAGAUUGAGGUCGAGAAGUUCAGGGCUAAGAACGGCAAGGCUCAAUAA